CAGACAGGAUACAGCACAAUCUCUUACCUGCAUUUCCGUUUCCAUCUCUGAUCUGUUAACAGACACAAAGCAUCAGUCUCAACUCACCGAGUCGAUCAAUAAUCAUCAACAAUGGCCGACAGAGUUCAUCCCCGAGACGACUCACCACCACAAACCACCGAAUUCAAACCUCCUCCCGCAGCAGCACAUUAUCCAGAGUCACCAACAAAACCCGAUGCUCCUCGGUCAGAGAAACCGGUCCCACCGCCACCAGGAACUUACGUCAUCCAAAUCCCCAAAGAUCAAGUCUACCGAGUCCCACCACCGGAAAAUGCUAAACGCCACGAACGUCUCACCCGCCGCAAGCCUAGCCGUAGCCCCUGCUGCUGCUGCCUCUGCUGGCUCCUUGCACUUCUCACCGCCUUAAUCUUCCUCGUUGGCGUCGCUGCUGCUGUGUUCUAUUUUGUGUUCCGCCCGGAGUCACCGGAUUAUUCAGUCGAGCGUUUGUCGAUUUCGGGGUUUAAUCUGACGUCAUCAAGAUGGGUCUCUCCGGAAUUUGACGUCACUGUGAGAGCGAAUAACCCUAACGAUAAAAUUGGGAUUUAUUAUAGAAGAGGAAGUUCCGUUGAUGUUUACUAUGACAGCGUUAAAUUGGCCACGGGAUCGUUACCGAUUUUCUACCAAGGGACAAACAAUGUGACUGUGUUUGUAACGCCGUUAAAGGGAUCUGCCGUUGAGUUGACGAGCGGGGAUCGUACGGCGAUGAUCGAUGAGGUUGGCAAAGGACAGGUGCCGUUUAAGCUGGCUUUGAGGGCUCCGGUUAAGAUUAAGGUUGGUUCUGUUGAGACAUGGGAGAUUACUGUUAAAGUUGACUGUGAUUUAACGGUGGAUAAACUAACGGCAACUGCAGAGAUUGGGUCUAAAAAAUGUGAUUAUGGUGUGGAUUUGUGGUAGGGUAGAGUUAGUGAAAUUUGGGGGUUAUUUUUUUUUUAAUUUUGGUUAAUUAAUUAUUUUUCGAGGAGAUUGUGAUUUUAUUAGUGGCAAACAUGUUAAAGAAAUGAAACAGAGAUUGCAGAAUUUAAAAUAUUUAUUCAUUGUUUUUUAUACGAUUCAA